GUGAAUAUAUUCAAACUAUUUCUCAUCUUGUAGUUCAGUGGACUACCGUGGAAAGCCUGUGUGAUCUUCCUCUCCUCACUAUGCAGACAAUGAUAGCCGACGAUCAUGCCUUCUAUAAUG